AUGGCUAUGGCCGUUAGGUCGCAAACGCCGGUGCAGGACCCCUAUGGCACCCUACCUCAGCAUCCCGAUUCUCUACUAAAUCGCGGAGCAUACGGCGCGCGCUCCAGUUCCCGACCCAACUCCAUCAUCGCCAGCACUUCCGGUUACAAUAACGUCACCCAAGCCGCCGACCCUACCUCUCACCCUCACACCGGUCGCUUUCACGAGGAGUUCGACGCUGCCAGCCAGCGCGGCUCCGUUCUUGUGGACGGUCCGUCGAGCGCCGGCAUGCAACGCUCGGCUUCACAAAUGUCCCAAUCUCGAUCCGCAACCCCGACCAGAUCCGGCACUUUAAGAAAGAAGGCCUCCCUCAGUAAGAGAGGUAGCAUGCGUCGCAGUGGUAGCAAGAGAAGUCUGCGGGCGGGUAGCGUACGAAGCCUCGUCCUGGGCGAUAGAGAGAAAUACGGCGUCGAUGGCGAAGAUCCGAACAGCGCAUUCUAUAUUCCCGUUCCAACGGAUGGAAGCCCGACCGAGGUACUGGCUAACCGCUUCCAAUCGUGGCGCAAAAUCCUCAAAGAUCUCAUCAUCUUCUUCAAGGAAGUGCAGAAGUCGUACGAAACACGCUCGAAACUCUUCAUGUCCGCCUCGAACAUCAUGAACAACACAUCACUGCCGCCGACAUUCCUCAAGUCGGGUGGCCUGGCAGAUGCGACCGAGAUCUUGCGCGACUUUCACCGCCAGGGUUAUUUGGAAGCGACUAAGGCGGCCGAGGUGGAGAGCGAGGUUGUCAAUCAGCUUAUGGGUCUCCGUAAUGAUCUGCAGAAGAAGACUAAGGAGAUCCGCAGCCUGUCGGGCGAUUUCCGAAACUCUGUCGACAAAGAAGUUGACGCCACUCGCAAGGCCGUUCGACACUUACACGAGGCCCUGGGUCUGGUCGACACUGAUCCAUCUGCGACUUCUGGAAAGGGCGAUCCGUUCAUUGUUCGGUUGAGUGUGGACAAACAAAUUGAGAAGCAGAUCGAGGAAGAGAACUAUUUGCAUCGGGCAUUCUUGAACUUGGAGAACUCUGGUCGCGAGCUCGAAUCCAUUGUUGUCAGUGAGAUUCAGAAGGCCUACAACGCCUAUGCCAGCAUCCUCAAGCGGGAGGCUGACGAAGCCUACGACACCGUUGAGAAACUCCGCGCGGGACCCAUCUCGAUGCCACACGACCAUGAGUGGAAUGCAUUCAUUGCAGACACUGACGAACUGGUUGAUCCCGGGGUGCCUCUCCGUGAUAUCGAGAACAUCACCUACCCAGGAAAGGACCACCCUGCCGCCGCAGAGGUCCGGUCGGGUAUGCUGGAGCGUAAGAGCAAGUAUCUUAAGAGCUACACGCCCGGCUGGUAUGUCCUGUCACCCACGCACCUCCAUGAAUUCAAAUCCGCCGAUCGCGUCGCAUGGCAACAACCGGUGAUGUCGUUAAACCUCUUGGAUCAGAAAUUGGGGUCGCACUCGCAGCCCGACUCAAACUCGCACAAGUUCAUGCUCAAGGGAAGACAGACCGGAACCAUGCACCGGGGUCAUUCGUGGGUCUUCCGUGCAGAAACCCAUGAGACGAUGAUGGCCUGGUACGAAGAUAUUGAGAGCCUCAUGUCCAAGACGGGCGAGGCCCGCAACGCAUACGUGAGGCGCCAUGUCCGCACCGUGAGUGGCGCCAGUUUCCGUAACAGCAGCGAUGGAAUGGAUGAGGAUGAAGCGGAUAGGACUCCCUACUCCGCGGAGUCAGCCGUCCUGUACCAAGAGCGUCCCACUUCGCAGCCCCGUCAACCAGGAGGCCGCUUUCCCAGCGAUGUCCAGAUAGAUCGUCACUUAGAGGCGCCUCUGUCGCCUUCCAGUGGUGAGAGCUCCGGUGACAGAGACCUGCUGGCGGCGGCCGGAUCCUUUUCUGACCCUCGACCAUUCAGUAGCGCCAUGACCGAUGGUGAGGCAAAUGGCAGUCACUUGGAGAAUCAAGGCUAUCCCCAGCCAGUAGAAAGGCACGACAGCCACUAUGGCACAUGGAUGGGAGCCGGAGGUUAUAAUGAGCAAACUCAGCCCGCGCAACAAGGUUACGACCGAGGUUACCAGGAACGAGAGACUGGCGAGGCCAUCUUCGUCAACGGCAUGGGUUCCACGAGUUCGCGAGAUCCAUCUUUGACCCGCCAGCGCAACCGCGGCGAAAGCGCCUCGACAGCGCCCACGGCGACGAACGGGACAGAGUACACACACAACACCCUUCCGAGCUCAAUUGACGAGCCUGAGGAACCCAAUGUUGAUAUCGUUGGGGUUGAGCUCGACGGCGCAGCCAAGCAGCCCAUGACAACCACCGGCCAUGAGCGAAUUAUACAUGCUGGCCCGUCUGUCGGCACUGUUGCCACUGACAUGGCCGUCACUCAGAAUGGCAGUGCCAAACGACCUCCCGCACAAACCAAGGGCAGUGUCUCCACUCUUGAACUGCAGAUUCCAGGCCAUUAUCCUCCUGCAAAUAACCUGUCGCCAUAG